ACUCGAAAGCACCUCAUUCUAUACGAGAAGACAGUCUAUGUCUCGUGGCGCGUGCAGAAUAACACGCGUGAUACUAACUCGAUCGUUGAGGGAGAGGACGACGGUACAUCUUGAAUAAAAGGGGAGGAAAGCGACAUAUAUAUCUUUUCUCAUCGUUCUAUAUUCUCGAGAUCGCUGAUUCAAAUUGCGAAUUCGGCGCGAAUCUGGUCAGUGCUCCUUGGAAGACGAGACCACGACGCGAGGCACUCUACUGUUCUCCGCUCUCGAAGCAUCACCGGUACCGGAUCCUGCCUGUGCGCGAGGAUCUCCGCCGCAUCGCGAGGGGUGGGCAAGCGCGGGUCGAGUCGCGAAAGAGGAAAGGAACGAUUUCCCGGAGGAGGACGAAGGGAGCCUGAAAACCGUCAUCGGCAACCACGAAUGAAAAUGUUGAACCCGAGUCGAAGCUACUACAGCGCGAGCCUAAUUAUCGUUGUCAUGCUCAUGAUCACCGUGUACUACCCAGUUUUAAUUGACACGGCGGUGGUCCGUUCCGAGAAAUUGGAUCAUCAGCUUAUAAAGCAGUUUGGUCCUAAGAACGUAAGAAUCUCACGAGCCAUAGAGAACAACGAUAAGGAAGAUGCGCCGAAACGAUAUUGUUAUAAUACGGCUUGUGGAUGGGCGGUUUAUGAGAGAGAUUUACGCUCCAUCGAAUAUUACAUGAGAAACACCUGCGACUGUCCGGACACCUACAAGUGCGUGCGCGUCGGCGAUGAUCUGUCCGCGAGUGCGUAUGUGUAUCGCUGCCGCGAGAACAUAACGGUGGAUGACAUCCUGUUUUCGGAGGAUGCCAAUUGAGAGACGAAGCCGGUGGCACCGUCGCGGAGCAUCCUCGUGUGGUCACGCCAACUUAACAUUACCGCGCGAC